CUCCUUUCAUACCCAAAGAUGAAACGGCAGCAUCUGCUCAGAGCAACUUCCAGAGACUUCCCAAGCGGCGUUCCUUCCGCAAGAAAAAGGAAAAACCCAAGUCUGAGGUGGGCUCCGCUAACGGUGGGAGAGAGACCACCACAGAGGAGAUCAGUGUACCCAAAGACAUUGAUCUUAUAGGAUUGCCACAGCUGUGCUUUCCAGGAGGACUACCUGUAACCUCUGAAACAAGAGAUGACUAUUUCCACUUCCUGGUGUUUACUGAUGUGUUGGGGAACAGAACGUAUGGCGUGGUGGCUCAUUUCUCCAGAUCCAUCCAGGAUACGCUGGGGUUGUCCAAUGGACAGGCAUACUGGGAUUCGUCUUCCAAUCACACCAAGACGUAUGAUGCCUACACUACCUUCGCCCUUUGUGUCAUAUCCAAAUAUCCCUACUAUACCGCCCUGAAGGAUUGCCUGUCAUGCUUUCUGUUGCAACUGAAAUCGUGUAGAGAUUCCGACCUUGAUGAAAGAAUUAAGGAAUUUGCAGCCAAGCUAUCACUAAUACCAAAUCCGCCUCCGGGACCCCUCCACCUGGUGUUCAACAUGAAGCCGCUACAGAUAUUCUUCCCAUCCAGAGAGGACCCUGAAAAGUCCCAUAAUCGAUUUGGACCUUCACCUCCCAUUCCUCUGCUUCACCCCUAAACAGGUCUUACAGAUCAUGGCUUGUAUCCUGACCGAGCGCAAAAUUGUCUUCUUCUCUUCGGACUGGGCCUUGCUGACGCUUUUGGCCGAGUGUUUCAUGGUCUAUCUCCACCCCAUCAAGUGGCAGCACACCUUUGUACCCAUCCUAUCCCGACAUAUGCUGGACUUUAUUAUGGCUCCAACCUCAUUCCUUAUGGGCUGUCAUGUGGAUCACUACAAGGAAGUGCGCAAGGAAGCUGAAGAUUUGGUCUUAAUAAACAUUGAUCACGGGAACAUCUCCUUCUUCCUGAACGAAGAUGAGGAGGAGUGCGAUGUCCCAGAUAUUCCUGUAGAUGCUGCUGAGAUGUUUAUAUGCAGAGUGGAGAGCCUUCAGCUGCACUAUGACCUGGAGCUGUGUCAUCGCUCUUCACCCAUUGAUAUUGGAGAAGUGAGACUUCGGAGACGGCUCUGGCAGCAGAACCUGAAUGUGGAGAUACAGGAGAUUGCACUGCAGCUUAUUGUGGAUAUAUUCCCGGGAUGUGAAGGCUCACCUGAAUUAUGAGCACCGAGUGUUUAACAGCGAGGAGUUCGUGAAGACACGGAGUCCCGCAGACCAACCCUUCUACAAAAAGGUGUUAGAAACUUACUUGUUCAACUCAUUUCUUAAAGCGCGUCUGAACAAGAAAAUGGACGCCUUUACCCAGAUGGAGAUGAACACGUCCUCUGAAAUUGAUGGAAGUCCAGUAUACUGGAAAGCCAGAGACGGAGAGCCACCGAAAGUUAAAACGCUUUUCGCCCUGAGACACAUGUUCAGCAAAAAGCUCGGUCAUCAGCAUGCCAAACCUGCAGGACGUCAGUGUGGCCGAGCUACCACAGAGACCGCAAUCUCUGAGGAGACCGCAGCCGCAGAAUGGGUACAGGCCGACCGGAAAAUCUUUUUACACCUUCAAGCUUCCUCUGGUCCAUUACCCUCUGCUGCGACAAUGCGUUCAGACAUAUUAUACGGACCUGAACAAUUUCCUCAGUAAGGAGAUUGUCUGUCUUCCUCCGGAGAACUCGGCUCUCCUGGCCCGAUACUUCUACCUCCGGGGUCUGGUCUUCCUCAUGCAGGGAAAACUCCUCAGCGCUCUGUCCGACUUCCAGAACUUGUAUAAGACGGACCUGCGGAUCUUCCCCGCCGAAUUAGUCAGAAAAGUCGUGUUGUCACUGCCGGCGUCUGAGCGCCAACAAGCCGAGAACCGGCAGGAACUGAAGAGGCUGAUCAGCCAGGUGCUGGACAAGGAGAGGGAUGUCCCCAGGGUUGACGACCACGUCAAGAAGUUCGAGCUGCCCAGGACCCACCUGCAUCUGGAGGACUUUGUACGCCGGAUCCAAGAGUCCGGGAUUGUGAAAGACAUCGACACCAUACACCGCUUGUUUGACGCUCUAACUGUCGGUCACCAGAAGCAGAUAGACCCGGAUAUCUUCAAGGAUUUCUACAACUGCUGGAAGGAGACGGAGGCAGAAGCCGAGGAGGUUGACCUGCCAUCCAUAGUCACCGAGAGGCUGGAUCAGAAUGAAUUUGUGUACAAGCUGUCCAGUUCGGUGAAAACCAACCUGGGGGUGGGGAAGAUCGCCAUGACCCAGAAGAGACUCUUCCUUCUGAUCGAGGGCAGGCAGAGCUACGAGGAAAUCUCCAUAUUUAGGAACAUAGAGGAUGUAAAGGUCUCCAUGUCGGCCUUCCUGCUGUUACGGAUCCCAACACUCAGGAUUAAGGCUUCCACCAGGAAAGAGACGUUUGAUGCCAAUUUAAAGGGUGAAUGUGACCUGUGGAAUCUGAUGAUCAAAGAGAUGUGGGCAGGGAGGAAGAUGGCCGACAACCACAAGGAUCCUCAGUAUGUACAGGAGGCGCUCACCAAUGUCCUGCUCAUGAACGCUGUGGUUGGAGCUCUCCAGACAACAAAAUCCAUCUAUGCUGCGUCCAAGCUCUCACACUUUGAUAGGAUGAGGAAUGAAGUUCCUAUGAUGAUUCCAAAGACCACCUCUGAGACACUGAAACACAGGAUAAACCCUUCUGCUGGGGAGACCACAACUCAGUCUGUGGAUGUAUUGCUCUAUACUCCAGGGCAGCUGGACAAGUCUGGUUGGGAUGACUCCCCUAAGCUGUGGUGCGCUCUGGGGGAGGGGAAAGUGGUUGUGUUUAAUGCCUCCACCUGGUCCAUCCAGCAACAUUGCCUGAAAGUGGGAAAGGCUAAACUGAGGUGCAUGGUGGGAGUGGAUUCAACUCACGUGUGGAUCGGAUCGAGUGAUUCCACGAUUUACAUCAUCAACAUUCACAGUAUGUCCUGUAACAAGCAGCUAAGUGACCACCGGGACGAGGUAGUAGACAUUGUUAGCGACACCAGCGAUGUUCAGAAGAGGCUGGCGUACUCCUGCAGUGCGGAUGGCAAUGUCUUUGCCUGGGAUGUGAACACACUGAAGGUCAAUCACAAGUUCCAGCUGAAAAUAUGACAUCACCUCUAUGAAGCUGUACAAUGACCUGCUGAUGUACUGUACCAAAGAUUUGAUCAUUGUAACAAGGAGAAAUGGGCAGCUGUGCAAGAAGAUGGAGAUCACAGAGAACAUCCGUAAGAACAGCCCAGCGCUUUCCUCCAUCCAGCUCUUCUCGGAGAAGUGCCAGUUGUGGCGGCGGC